AUGUACCAGAGCGAGAUUAGCACGCCAGAGACCCGCGGGUUCAUGGUGUCGAUACAUGGUGUAAUGAUUGGCGUGGGCUAUUCGCUGAGCUCUUGGAUCAAUUUCGGCGUGUACUUCAUCACGGCAUCCGGCUCUACAUCAAGCUUUCCUUGGCGCUUUCCCAUGGCUUUCCAGGCAGCACCCGUCGUAAUUCUUCUUGCUGGGUCCUUUAUGCUACCUUACUCUCCAAGAUGGCUCAUGCGAAAGGGGAGAUUCGAAGAAGCCCAUAUCGUGUUGAAACGCUUGCAUGCAUCCAACGACGAAGCCUCCAUCGAGCGCGUUGCCAAGGAAUUUCACCAAAUUCGACGGCAAGUCGAACAAGACCAAGAGAGCCAGGAUGGCAUCGUCUGGUACGAGCUUUUGCGGACUGCACCAAAUCGCAAGAGGACCAUCAUCGCCAUGAUUCUCAUGUGGGGGGCCCAGCUCACCGGAACCCUUGUUCUAGCCAACUAUGGCGUUCUCCUGUUCAUCAGUCUUGGCCUGAAGGGUUACAUGCCAUUGCUCCUUCUCGGAAUCUGGGUUACAGUUGGCUUCCUCGGAAACAUCAUUACGGCACUUUUUCUCGACCGCUUCGGCCGCCGCAAGUUUCUUCUCGUGGGAAUCUCUGGCAUCCUGGUCUCGCUCAUUUGUGAAUGCGCCUUGCAGGCCAGAUGUCUCGGUACAGACAACAUUGCAGGUCUGAAUGCUGCCGUCUUUUUCAUCUAUCUCUUCAUCGCAUUCUUUGGGUGCUGCAUAGAUGCGACGCAGUUCGUGUAUCUGACAGAGAUCUUCCCGAACCACAUUCGCAGCCAGGGAAGCGCCUUUUGCAUCGUCAACAGCGCUCUAGCAUCGCUGGUCAUGCUCAUGGUCGCACCGAUUGCCCUGGAGAAAAUCACCUGGAGGUUCUUCCUUGUUCUCAUUGUACCUACAGCAUGCUACCUGUUGGUCAUUUUUCUCUACUUCCCCGAGACUUCCAAGAAGUCUCUCGAAGAUAUUAACGAGGCCUUUGGCGAGAAAGUGGCUGUCCACUACACCCACGCUACUCGGGCUGAGGAAGAGGAGUACAGAAAGGCUGCCGACCAUGAGAUGGAUUCCAACAUCAAUAGUACGCCAAAAGAUGAUGGCGUCGUACAUCAUGUGGAAAGGUCUUCAGGUUAUGUUUAA